AUGGAUAAUAGUGACAACAUAGAAACUGCAGGCCCGUCAGUCGAAUUAUUUCCAUCACCAAUAAGAAAAAAUAAACGAGGAAAAAUAGUAAGUUCUGCCGAACGUUUAAGAAUUAUAAACAUGUAUAAGGCAAAUUUGGAGAAAGAUCCUAACAUGUCCAUGAGAAGUAUGAGACAGACAAUUUCAAAAUGUAUGGGAAUUGGCGAGUCAACUGUGCACAGGACAAUCAAUGAAUACAAGGAGACAAAUACAGUUACCUCUCCGAAACGCAAAAGGGUAAGAGAAAAUGUUUUCCAUUUAUACGAUGACUUUUCGAGAAAUGCAGUCCGUAGACAUGUCCAUAGUAUUUGGUUUCGACGUGAAAUUCCGACCAUCGAUAAAAUUCAUAAAGUAGUGUCUGAUGACGACAGUUUACCAGCUAUAUCGCGAACCAAUUUAUACAAACUCAUAAGAGAUCUAGAUUUCCGUUAUUGUAAGCCCAGUCGUAAUAGUGCUCUAACCGAAAAAAACGAAAUCGUUGUAUGGCGUAGACGAUAUUUACGGACAAUACGAGAAUACCGAGAACAGGGUCGUCACAUUUAUUAUUUAGACGAGACAUGGGUAAAUGCUGGCGAAUGCCCAAAUAAGGUAUGGGUCGAUUCAACAAUACAAUCCCACCGUGAUGCAUUCCUUAAGGGGCUCACAACCGGUGCUCCGAAUCCAAGUGGCAAAGGUAAACGCCUUAUUAUUCUACACAUCGGUUCUGAAGAUGGAUUUGUUCCCGGUGGGUUGUUAUGUUUUGAAUCGAAAAAAAACUCACGUGAUUAUCAUGAUGAGAUGAAUGGUCAGACAUUUUACGAAUGGAUGGAAAACAUUUUGCCUCAACUGCGAGACAACUGUGUUGUAGUGAUGGACAAUGCGCCGUACCACUCGGUAAAGAAAGAGAAAUCACCGACAUCGUCUACUAGGAAGGCCGAUAUAAUAAAAUGGUUAGAAGAUAAAGGUGAGGCUGUUGAUAAUACCAUGGUUAUCCCUGAAUUAUUGAACAUUGUCAAGAGAAUCAAGCCACUUCAUAAUAAGUAUGUGAUAGACGAACUCGCCAAAGCUAGUAAUAAAACAAUAUUAAGGCUUCCUCCUUACCAUUGCGAGCUCAAUCCCAUUGAACUCGCAUGGUCAUCCGUCAAGAAUCACAAUUUAUUAAUAGAGGGUAUAGAAAGAGUAGAUCAAGUAAUGUGGAAAAACUUUAUAGAGCAUACGAAAAAAGAAGAAAAGAAAUUUUGGGAUGUAGAUAAUAUUGUAGACGAAGUGUUGGCAGCGGAGGUAUCAAAUUUAAGAUUGACAAUUACAGGAGACACAUCAUCGUCAGAUUCUGAGUCUGAGUCUGACUAA